GAUAUUUGAAAGGCUUCGCUCCACCGUCUUCGCGCACGCAAUUCAACUCAAUCCUUAUACUCUGUCAACUGCAAUCUAUUCUCCGAUUUCAAACUAAACCUAACAACAAUGACGGACGCUGAAGACGCUACACGACGUCGUAAUGCGGUCGCCGAGUACCGUAAGAAGCUUCUUCAACACAAGGAACUCGAAUCCAGAGUACGAUUAGUCAGAGAGAAUUUGCGUGCCUCGAAGAAGGAGUUCAACAAAACAGAAGACGAUUUGAAGUCUCUUCAAAGCGUUGGACAGAUCAUUGGCGAAGUGCUUAGACCUCUCGACAAUGAACGCUUGAUUGUAAAAGCAAGUAGCGGACCUAGGUAUGUGGUUGGCUGCCGCAGUAAAGUGGAUAAGGAAAAGCUGACUGCUGGUACUAGAGUGGUUCUUGAUAUGACGACACUCACCAUAAUGCGAGCUCUUCCACGAGAAGUUGAUCCGGUAGUUUACAAUAUGCUUCAUGAAGAUCCAGGUAAUGUCAGUUAUGCUGCCGUUGGUGGUUUAUCUGAUCAGAUAAGGGAGCUGAGGGAAUCAAUUGAAUUACCUUUGAUGAAUCCCGAGCUCUUCAUUCGGGUUGGAAUUAAACCUCCUAAGGGUGUUCUACUUUAUGGUCCUCCUGGUACUGGUAAAACAUUGUUAGCUAGAGCAAUUGCCAGUAACAUAGAUGCUAAUUUCUUGAAGGUUGUUUCUAGUGCAAUAAUUGAUAAGUACAUUGGAGAAAGUGCCAGGUUAAUUCGAGAAAUGUUUGGGUAUGCACGUGAUCACCAGCCUUGCAUCAUUUUUAUGGAUGAGAUCGAUGCCAUUGGUGGUCGUCGUUUCAGUGAGGGAACAAGUGCUGAUCGUGAGAUUCAGAGAACGCUUAUGGAGUUGCUUAAUCAACUUGAUGGGUUUGAUCAACUUGGGAAGGUUAAAAUGAUAAUGGCAACAAACCGGCCUGAUGUACUGGAUCCUGCUCUCCUGCGUCCUGGAAGAUUGGAUAGAAAAAUUGAAAUUCCAUUGCCAAAUGAACAAUCAAGGAUGGAAAUUCUUAAGAUUCAUGCUGCUGGCAUUGCUAAGCAUGGUGAAAUAGAUUAUGAAGCUGUUGUAAAGCUUGCUGAGGGCUUUAAUGGAGCUGAUCUUCGAAAUGUGUGCACGGAAGCUGGAAUGGCAGCAAUUCGUGCAGAACGUGAUUAUGUGAUCCAUGAAGAUUUUAUGAAGGCUGUUAGAAAACUGAAUGAUGCCAAGAAACUUGAAUCCAGUGCUCACUACAGUGCCGAUUUUGGCAAAGACUAAAAGUUAUUAUAGAAUUCUCUGACCCAUGAGUGUCUAUUUAGUGCAUCUUUUGAGCCAGAAAUAUUUAACGUAAUUAGGUCAACUCAGACGGUCUCUCCUAAGAUUGAAGUUCUUUCUUCGGGCUAUUUUUUUUUUUUCUGUCUAGUUUAGUUCCAUAGAGAAUAUAUCAAACUAUCGUAAAUGGAAGGUAAAGGGAACAUGUGCAGUUGAAUUAUUCGUCUAAACUAAUGGUGUUAUUGUUAUUUUUUGUUAUCUUU